AUGGAUUUAUCGUUAAAAGAAUAUAAUUCUCUUAUUCGUCCUCUCGGUCGAACAGCUAGUGUAUCAGAAUUAAAUCUGUUCUUUAAUAAUACUAUUUCAUAUUUAAAAAAUCUAGUUUAUUCAAAUGAGAAACAUGAUGGUUUAGAUAUUUUAACAAAUAUUUGUGAUGAUUUAGCAUGUGUACGUGCUAUACAAUUAUAUGAUCAUCCAAUUAUAAGAAAUCAUCCAAUAUUUAUCUAUAUUGGACGUACAUUAGAAGUUUUAUUAAUGAAAUCUAAUCAUUUACGAUCAAUACCAAUGAAAAAAUGUGAAGAAAAUUGUUUUUAUAGUGUAAGUUAUUUCAUAGCACAAUUAUGUUUAUAUCACAAUGAACCAAUUCAGACAUUUUAUGGAUCAUUUUCCAAUGAAAGUUUUUCUGUAACUGAUAAAAUAAAUAUAAGAGAUGAAUCUAUUAAUGAAAAUAAUCGAAAAUCAAAUAAAAUUUCAGAUAAACCAAAUUUAAAAAUCACAUGUAUACCACCGAGUGCACCAGAAGCUCGUUCGACUAAUAAAAUAUUAUUUGAUAUAACAGAUACGCCAAAGAAGAGACUAUUUUCGAAUGAAAUUAUUUCUCCAUUGAUUGAAACUGAAGAAAUUAUUGAAUCUAAAAUACCAUCAAAUUUACCAUCGAAAAGAUAUCAAGAUGUAUUUUUUACAACAUCAUUUUUAAAUAAAUUCAUUCGAUCUAUUGAUGAUUUAUCACGAAAUGAAUAUUCAUCCUAUCAUGUUAAAUAUAAAGUUAUCGAUAGACUUGUUCGUCUUUGUUCAAAAUUGAAUAUAAUUAAUGAAUUAUUUGAUUCGAUUAUUUCAUGUUUAUGUUCAAAAUUUUAUCAACAAAUUUUUCUAACCAUUGAACCGGAACAAAUUCGUUUAAGUCCAAAACAAUUAUUUUUUAUUUAUCAAUGUACACAAUUUAUUAUUCAAAAUCAAUUUCAACAACAAGAACAAAUUCCUAAUUUAUUAUGUCAAACUAUGAUUAAUACUACAAAAAUAAUUAUUGAAUAUAUUUUUCCAAUGAAUGAUGACGAACUUAAUUCAAUAUAUUUUCAUCAGCAAGAUAUUGCUCUCUAUGCAUUAAAUUGUCAUUUAGAAUUAUUAAAUUAUUUAUCAUUAACAUCAAAUGGUAGACGAUAUUUUCUACAAACAAAUAUCAUUGAUCUAACGAUGAAUAUCUUACAACAAGAUCAAUUAAUUGUUAAUGCAUGCGAACAUGAAGAACUUUUUCAUUCUGAUAUUGCUGUUAUUGUACAUACAAUUAUGUUAUUAUAUAAUUUAGCUUACGAAAAACAAAUAUUUUUAAUUCUGAAAAAAAGAGAUUUUCUAAAUAUUUAUUUUAAAUUAAAAUCUUCAAAUGAUAAGUCUAUUAAAUUUGUAUGCAAAACUUUAUCAUCAAUUUUAAAUCAAGAUCAAAUUCAUGAAGAAAAUGAACCUAUGAAAUUAAAACAAGCUUAUAUUAAACAUCUUGAAGAACCUACUGAGAAAUCAAAAGAUAAAACCGUACCUGAUAUUGUUAGAAUUACAAGAGAACGAGAUGAUAAUAUUAAAUUAGCAAUUUUAAAUGAAACAUACAUAACAAAUUUAAGUCGAGAUGUUGAAGAAUUAUCUAGAAAUGAAUCUUCAAUAAGUCCAGCUAAAUACAAAAGUAUUGGACAACGUGUUCGUGUUGUUACAAAACAAGAAACUAAAGAAGUUGAAUCAUUAUUAGAUCCCAUAUUAAAAUGCUUAAAUUCAAGUUUUUAUCUUAAAAUUUUCGAAAAUAUUGAACUUAGUCAUGGAAAAGUUAUAUCUGGAAUUAUACAAACAAAUCGUAGUCUUGCUACAAAACAUAUAUUUUUUAUGCGUGAAUGUCCAGAAUUUCUUUUUCGACAUGAUUAUAAACGACGAAAAGAAAUAGCAAAUUCAUUAGGACGAAAAAUGUUAGAACAUACAAAAACAAUAUUCAAUCAACAUCUAUCGAUUCUGAUUGGAGAAGAAGGUAAACAACCAGUCGAUGAAAUGAAAGCAGCACGAAUGAUAGCAUUAAGUUAUCAUAUAAAAGUAUUGAAUCAUUUUACAUUGAUACGAUCAAUACGAAAGGAAUUUUUAUCAUUAAGUAUCAUUGAACAAAUUCUAAAAAUAUUACAAGAUAGAUCAUUAACUGAUAGAGAUCAAAUCGUUAAUGAAGCUAAGACUGCAGUUGUUGAACAAUCUUUAAUAUUAUUAUAUAGUCUAGGACAGGAGAAAGAAAUAAUUGGAAUAUUAAGAAAAAAAAAUUUAUUUGAUAUUUGUUUGAAAUUACGUAUUGUUAAAGAUAGAAUUAUACGUUUCGUAUCACAAAUUCUAUUAACUUUAUUAGACAAAGAUGCACAUAAACAUAUUCAUGAACCACAUUCACUAUCAAAAACUUGUAUUGAAUAUAUUGAUAAGGCAGUUAAAGAAACUAGAAAAUCAUAUCAAGGUAUCAAAUUACAUCGUUUAUUAAAAAAUCUUGAAAUUAUGACUGUAAAUGAUACAUUUAUUGAGUGCCUUCUCGAAGCAAAACAAGGCAUUACAGUUUUUAUAAAAUGUAUUUGUAUAAAAUAUUUCGAUGAAAAAGAUUCAGAUAGUGAAAACAAAGAAAUGAUUAGUAGAAUACAUAAUUCAGCUGUAUCUAUUAUUUGGAGAAUUUCAUCCUAUGGACCAAAACCAAUUUCAAAAUUAAAAGCGAAUGAUUUAUUUAUUGAUCAAAUUCUUAUAUUAUCAAAAGGAAAAACAGAAAAUACGAAAAGAGCUGCAAAUGGAAUUAUUUGGAGAUUAGGUAAUGAAGAUAAAAUACGUUUUGAGAAGUCACAAAAAAAACGUAAUCAAGAAAAUAAAACCGAUGAUGAUCAAGUUAUUGAGCCUGAAGAAUGGGAUGAAUCAAUACCAUAUGAUUUAUUAAUAAGUUAUAGUAAUAAAACUAAUGAUAAGAUUAUUUCUGGAAAGAUUUAUAAUCGUUUAAUAACAAAAGGUUAUCGGGUAUAUAGUGAAAAAUCAGGACAAAAUCGAUUCGAAUUAAUGCAAAAGGCCAUUGAUUCUAAAAAACCUAUACUUGUUUGUUUGUCAUCAGCCUAUCGUGCAUCAACAGUGUGCAUGGCUGAAGUUGAAUAUGCAAGUAAACAAUCAAGUCCAAUUAUUUCUGUUAUAGUCGAAGCAAAAUAUGAUGUACAAGGCUGGUUAAAACAUCUUAUUGGUGGAAAAAAAACUAUUGAUGUAACACAGAAAAAAUUCGAUGAAGGAUUCAUUAAUAUAUUAGAAGAAAUUGAAAAAACAAAUAGUUCUAAUUAG